GAGGCUGGCACGGCACCAUCAGUAUCAUGACGUCACUCUUCCUUAAAAGCACAACCGCGCUCGCCAGCUCGUGAACACACCUGCCAUCAUGAGCAGCCACAGGAGACCAGGCUGUGUUUCCCCGACGAGACCUGAUGAACAACCCAAAGCCAAAGCUCGAGCAAAGACAAGUGGAAAGAAUGAAGCGCAGAAAAAGGACAAAGACGUUUAUGUUUGUGAAAGUGAAGCCAAACUUCAAGAAACUCCAUCACUAAAACGGGGACGGAGUAAAAAGCAGAAAGAUGAUGCUUCAAAAGGAGAUUGCAAGUCUCUGGACAACUCCGAGAGCAAGUCUGAAGAAAAGCACGGUGACAUCUCUAAAGCAGGCUCUGUUCAUAAAAAAACAGGCGAGAAUGACAGACAAGACAGUGCAAAAGACAAACUAAAGAGUAAAAGAAAGACAGCUCCUCUUGACUGUGAAAGUGAAGGCAAAAAUCAGCAGACCGCCAAUGGGAAGUCAGGCGAAAAAACAGCACUGAAACGACCGAGCAAAAAGGAGAAAGAUCAUCCAAAUCUUGAUAGAGAAGCAACACCGGAAAAUUCUGAAAGCAAAUUAGAGCAAAAACCUAUAGCAUCAUCUAGUAGGAAUAAAUCUGCUCCUAAAAAAGGCUUCCCUGGAGCUAAAAACGCAUGUGACGCUUCUCCAGCGGUCAGCGCACGCAGCCCUGACUGCAAACUGAAAAGCACGGAAAAAACUGCAGUUAAAGACGCACUGGGAGACGUUCUUAAAGCAACUCUUGACAAAUUAACGAUCAAAAAAUCCGAACGAUCUAAAGCAUCCAGAUGUGUUAAUGAAAUCACGGAGAAAGUCAUUGCACACCUGAAACAAGACACGACCUGGUGUGCAGAUAUCGAGCGUUUACGAACGGGAAGUUAUUACGAAAACCUUAAAAUUUGUGAACCAGAUGAAUUUGACGUGAUGCUGACUGUUCCUGUGGAGAGAGUGGACAUUCAGAAUUUCGAUGAGGCUGGGGCAUUUUAUAGUAUUGCACUGAAACGCCACCCAAACAAACAUCCACUGGACAAAUUCCUAAAUGAAGACAAGACCAUUCAGGCCAGUGAAAUGCUGAGUGAAUUCAGAGAUGGUGUUAAGAAAGCUGUGGAGAAGGCUACAGACCUCCCAUACAAAAUUAAAAUUCAGAGAAAAAAGCCAAAGUGUCCUGCAGUGACACUAGAAGUGACAGAAGGUAGGAAGAACAUUUCUGUCGACUUUGUUCUUGGUCUUAAAGUUCACCGUGCAAGCUGGCCAGAAUUAACAAAGGAUGGCUUCAGAGUAGAACACUGGCUUGGUAGAAAAGUGAAAUCUACUAUGAAACGUCAGCCAUUCUACUUGGUGCCUAAAUAUGAGGGGAUUGGAAAUGCAGAGCAUGAUGGAGUUGUUGCAAGAGACUCCUGGCGAAUUUCUUUUUCACACAUCGAAAAAGAAAUUCUGAAAUCACAUGGCCACACCAAGACCUGCUGUGAGGGACGUGAACAGAAAUGUUGCCGGAAAGAGUGUCUAAAACUUCUGAAGUAUCUUCUACAACAGCUCAAAAAUGAUGAGUCCAAAUCCAAUAAGAUGUCCAGCUUCUGCUCUUAUCAUGCAAAGACAACCCUGCUCCAAGCUUGUGCUUCAAGAGGAACUGACAUCGAGUGGGCUUACAGUGAGCUGGCCAACUGUUUUCAGCAGCUUCUGGAAGAUUUUGUCAAACACCUGAAAAAUCAUCAACUACCAAACUUCUUCAUUCCAUCCCACAACCUCUUACAUCAUGUCUCUACAAGCAACUGUGAUUUCCUGGCGAAAGAAAUUGAAUUUCAACUGAACAAUACAUUUCCUAUAUUCAGUUAAAAGGCACCUAUAAUGCAAAAUCCAGGUGUUUGAACAGAAAUGUGUUAAAAUUGUUAAAACUGAGAUUAAAGGAUUUAUCUAUUUCUGUGAACCAAAUUUAAGUUGUUGUGGCAAACUGUAUUUUUAUAGAAUUUUGAACAAAUUUCAAAAUAAAUAAAUGGAAUAUGGGGCUAAAACUUGCGUUGUCUAACAGAUAUUUGAUUUCUAUUAAUUAUGCAUUAUUUAUGUACAUGUUGUGCUUUUACCUUGAAGAUCAAAUGUAGUGUAAUACAAUAAACAUCCUUAAAAAAAUGGGUUUUACAGGCUUUUAUUUGAUGUAUUAAACUGAACAACAUGGCUACAUCACCUACAUUUAGGCUUGUUUUACCCAAUUUCAAUGUAGAUAAUGUUACUGAACUAGGAAAAAAAAUCUUUUAACAUUAAAGAAACAUCAAGCAUAAAUGAAUCAUUUUACAAAACGUAAAUAGUCAAUUACAAUGACUUUAUAGGCCUCUCUACAAAUAAGAGGAUUAACACUUUAAAAGCUUAUGGACCCAUUGAGUACAGUGGCAUCAACCUGAAAGAUACAAUAAAAAAAUAAAUACUACAGUAACAGAUACAAUACACAUCCCUUUAAGAAUCAUCUGGUGAACCAAAAAAAAA